AUGGGUUCUGUAGCAAAGAAUGGACUCAACAAUUAUGUGAAACAGCUUCAGGAACAUCCUUUGAGAACCAAGGUAAUUACUGCAGGGGUGUUGUCGGGGAUAAGUGACAUAGUGUCCCAGAAGCUUACUGGGAUUCAGAAACUUCAAUUUAAACGACUUUUUCUCAAAGUGUUUCUUGGAGCCGCUUAUCUUGGACCCUUUGGACACUACUUUCAUAUAAUAUUGGAAAAGAUUUUCAAAGGAAAGAAAGAUUCAAAAACUGUGGCAAAGAAGGUUCUGAUUGAACAGUUGACAUCUUCUCCUUUGAACAAUUUGCUUUUCAUGAUUUACUACGGAUUAGUCAUUGAAGGGCAACCUUGGGUGAAUGUGAAAGCUAGAGUGAAGAAGGGUUAUCCAUCAGUACAAUACACCGCAUGGAUGUUCUGGCCCGCAGUUGGAUGGAUAAAUUACAAAUUCAUGCCGCUUCAUUUCCGUGUUGUUUUCCACAGCUUAAUAGCAUUUUGCUGGGGAAUAUUCUUGAACCUUCGAGCACGAUCUAUGACAUUGACUAAACCUUGA